AUGACUAUACCAUCUCAUCGAAAGCGUGUUGUCAUCGUCGGCGGUGUAGCCGGGGGCAUGUCGUGUGCUACACGAUUACGCCGUUUGGAUGAGAAUGCUGAAAUUAUCGUCCUGGAAAAGGGCCCGUUCGUCAGCUAUGCGAAUUGUGGGAUUCCUUAUGCCCUUGGAAAUGUCAUAACGGAUGAGGCGAAGCUGCAUGUCCAAACAAGUGAGAAAAUCAAGAGCUGGUUCAACAUCGACGUGAAGACGAAGGCGGAGGUUCUUGAGAUUGACCGGGCCGCCAAAACUGUCACUUUCGGCGACUCAAGUGAGGCCAGCGACCGGGAUGACGAGAAAGUCCGGCAGGUCAGCUAUGACAAGCUUGUUCUUGCUCUCGGUGCCGCCUCGUUCAGGCCGCCGGUGGAAGGUAUCAAUUCUGAACAUGUCUUCACGCUUCAGACAAUUCCGGAUUUGCAGAAUGUCAAGGCCCACAUUGCAAAGCACGGUUGCUGCAACGCGGCGGUCAUAGGAGGCGGCUUUAUUGGCCUAGAGGCGGCGGAAAACCUUCGACUCCUCGGACUCAACGUGACAAUAUUUGAGUAUCUCCCUCAUGUCUUCCCGCCGAUCGAUCAGGACAUGGCCGAGCCUCUCCACAAAGAAUUGCAACGCAAUGGAGUGCGUCUCAUCCUCAAUGCUCGCAUUACCAGGAUUGAUGCCGCAAGCUGCUCUGCGCCUGCCGCAGUGGUCCUGGAUUCUUCAAAGUCAAUUGCGGCCGACAUUGUCGUCGUCGCCGUCGGAGUCCGUGCACGCACAGACGUAGCUCGAAAAGCAGGGCUGGAAGUCGGCAAGACAGGACUUAAAGUCAAUGAUGCAAUGCAAACCUCUGAUCCUGACGUCUAUGCGGUCGGAGACAUGGUGGAGACUUCCAAUUUGAUUGCGCAUGAAAGGAUGCAACUUGCUCUGGCUGGCCCUGCCAAUCGACAAGGACGUUUAGUUGCCGACCACAUAUGUGGCCGAAAAGUAGAGUUCCGUGGCAACGUCGCCACGGCAGUUUGCAAAGUCUUUGACCUGACAGUUGGUCUGGUUGGAUUCUCUGUCGCUGGGCUGAACCGACUGGGUUUGGGCGAGAGUAUGCAAUUUGUGACGGUGCAUCCCCCCGAUCACGCAUCGUACUACCCGGGCGCGGAGCCAAUGACGGUGAAAGUUGCUUUUGAGAUUCCAUCAGGCCGUCUGCUUGGUGCGCAGGCAGUUGGAAAGAAAGGGGUGGACAAGAGAAUUGAUGUAUUGGCAAUGGCAAUCAGGGCGGGUAUGACCAUUGAAGAUCUCGAGCAUGUUGAACUUGGAUAUGCGCCGCCAUACGGAUCUGCGAAAGACCCGGUCAAUAUGGCGGGAUUUGUAGGGGGGAACGUCUUGAGACGGGACGUGGAGAUCAUACACGCCGAGGACCUGGUCAACGAGCAGAUGGAAGCGGAACGAAUCGAGCCCCACAGGGCAACGAUCCUUAACAAAUACUCCAUCCUCGAUGUACGUUCUCCUGACGAGUUCAAGCGCGGUCACCUAGUUGGUGCCAUCAAUCUUCCACUGGGAUCUCUGAGAGACCAUAUGGAUUCUUUGGACAAGAAGAAGAAAAUUGUGGUCUAUUGUUGGGUUGGAUACCGUGGAUAUCUUGCUUACCGGAUCCUGAAACAGAAUGACUUUGAUGCGGUGAACUUGGAUGGGGGGUUCAAGUCUGUGUCAGAAGGAGGUUACGAAGUCUUGAGAGAUAAAUAG